AAGAUGGCCGCCACAUCUUCCAUACGCUGUGGUAAGCGUCGAGAGAUGAUGUGACGUAAAAUAUGCGACUGGUCAUGUGAUACGGUACUAGGGGCUCGUGGUUUUGAAGUGGGGAUGUAAACACGGAAGUAACCUCUGUCAGAUUAUCAUUAUCAGACCAACGGAGCGCCUCCUGGCAUCGCUUGGAACUAUGGCUGAAAUAGGUGGACCAGAGAAACCACCUUCAGAUGAGCAACCAGCCCUUCCUACUACAUCUCAGCCUGCUGCAUCUCAAGAAGACGCAACAGUUGAAACAGCAGAAGAAGCUGUCGAACCACCAGAAGCGGAUAUCAAUGAGCUAUGUAGAGACAUGUUCAGUAAAAUGUCCUGUUAUCUCACAGGAGAACUCAUAACCACCAGUGAAGACUACAAACUCUUGGAAAAUAUGAACAAAUUAACCUCUUUGAAGUACAUGGAAAUGAAAGACAUUGCAGCAAAUAUUAGUCGAAAUCUCAAGGAUUUGAACAAAAAAUAUGCAAGUCUCCAGCCGUAUCUGGAACAAAUAAAUCAGAUCGAAGAACAAGUUGCUUCACUGGAAAACGCGGCAUACAAACUAGAUGCUUAUUCGAAGCGGUUAGAGGCGAAGUUCAAGAAACUAGAGAAGCGGUGAAAGACGGCUUCUGGAACUGCACUUGUUUCAGUGAAUGAUAUUCAACUUAGUAACGACUCUGCAAUGCUUUUUAUUAUGUAUGAAUAAAUAUAGGCUUAUUGACAAUAAUCAAGUGACUCUGCG